AUGUAUUCUCCAACUACCACCCCACACCUGGACUCUUUCCGUUUUAGAAGAGACUCUCACAAUCAUGCCUCAGUUGAUUCUCGCAAUGCAAGAUUCACUACAGGCCCUACCCCUUCCCCAUCGUCAUCUAAUUUACAUGACCAAGACCCUCUAGCCUCUUCCUCUGCAAACAAUCAGUUGAGAAAGACUGCAACAGCCAACUCAAAUACCGGCGAUAACUAUUCCAUCACUUCUUCCUAUUCAGAAGCUAGUUAUAAUUCUAGAGCUGAUAAUUCCCUCAUCUUUGAAAGACUGGUCCAGGAUCCCUUGAUCGAGGGCCAGCCAAUACCAAGCUCCCUGCCAAGACAUCAUACUUCGGAAACAUUUAUCCCAGCCUCCUUAGAUACAACCACUCAUAUGAUUAGAAACAAUACCAUCGAUAUCCACGAUUUGAACGAACCAACCGAGUUUGGCUUCAACUCAAGAAAAUCCUCAUUGGCUAAUCUUGAGGCAGCCCUAGGUGGCUCUUCGUCAAACCUGUCUUCAAGGAGACCAUCUUCUGCAAAUUUACCUACUCUUAACUCCUUUAGAUCGGCAAAUUUAUCAAGGGUGAGUACAACUUCGAGCUUCUCCAAUCUAACAGACGCUUUCCAAAAAUCUCAAUAUCCAAACAGCAACACUACUACUACUACUACUACUACACCUACUGCUGCUGCUAAUAAUACUAAUAACAACAACAAUAAUAAUCACAAUAAUAAUGCUAACAGCAGCACUUGCAACCUCAACCAAAACUCAAAUAUUAAUUUACUACCUCCUUUGAGUAAGUCAGUGACCUCAACUUCAGUCAGCUCAUAUGCAAGUCAAAGAGCUCAAAAUGCUCCUGUCUCUCCCUUGCAAAAGAAUAAGUCCUUUUAUUCUUACGCUGAUAUCAUAGCACAGGAUGAUCAAGAUUCAAAGUUUGCCAUCAGAAGACCGUCAAUCUCAACCUCUUUAUCUAACCAAAAAAUGGCUAGAACUGGCUCCUUUGGAUCGUGCAAUUCACCAAGGUCCCCCUCAGUUUGCGGCUCCUUGUGUAAUCCCACUAAUGUUAAUAGUCCAAACUCAUUGAGAACAAACUCAUUUUCCGCAAAUCAAAGACUAAGAAAUACUUCCCCAACCUUUAAAGUGGAUUCACAUUCAGAUAACAACAAUAAUACGAGCAACAAUAACAAUGAUGAUGAUUCCAUCUUUUCAAUGUCUGGGCUUAACAAUACCCCUAAAAGAUCAGUCGGUUUCUCCGGUAGGCCAAUCAGUUCUAGCACUAUGAGAGGCUCCAUUAGUCAAAACAGUGUUUUAACAACUUCAAACAUCGACCAUCUUUUAAAAUCAACGACUUCAAAUGAAUCAGCAGCUUCGGAUAAAUCUUAG